AGUGCAAGUGAGGAUCGACUCCGUAAAGUCAACAAGCUGCGUAUAAGGUACCAGACAUCAUGGUAUCUUGUAGGCUGCAUCUCGAAAUCGAGGUGUGCCGUGGCUGUACUCUCAACACGUGCUUUCGAUCAUCCGAGAGCGUCACUUUGCUACGCCCCCUCAGGCUUUCACCCGCACUGGCAAGACGACGUAGAAAUGGAUGCCGAACACUAACUUCUCGAACGCCAAUCGUCUCAAGGGUCAAUUCGUGAUGAACGGCAUUCUAGGCGGCGUCCCCGUUUUGAUGUCCGCGUCGCGCAUGCAUAUAAAUUGAUGCGUCUGACAUGCAAAAUUUCGACCCUUCGACCCUCUAUGCGGGAUUUCCCGCCUGAGCUGGUGGAAUUCACGCUCGACUUCCUCCACGAUGACCGCCAGUCGCUCGUCCGCUGCAGCGAGGUGUGUCGCAGCUGGGUUCCGCCGUCCCGCUUCCAUCUCUCCUCGCUCGUCUUCCGGCUGCUCAGCUUCUGCGGGUCGUCCGCCCUGACCAACGCUCCCAAUCACUCCGACACGUGGCUCCUCGACUUGCUGUCCAGUCCCUUGUGCACCUUCGCGCCUUUCGCCGCCCGCCGUAUCUGCAUCUGCUCCGUCAGCUCGGCUGCAGCGCUACAGGAGCUCGACAGAAGCAAACUAUCGCGCUGCCCGGACUCGGUGUUUGCGUACGCCCGCGCGCUGCACCUGAAAAGUUCACUUUGGGAUGCGGACAUGGCGGCCAUCGCCGCGGGAAGCAAGCUCAAUCCCAUGACGUGCGCGAAUCUGACGGAGAUGACCUUGUCGUGUGUUUGGUUCCAGUCAGUGCGGGACUUCACGGCCCUGCUUGCCUCGUUCCCAGGCAUCAGGCGCUUGCGGUUGGACAGGGUCCAUUGGAGGGAUGUAGAGGAAGGGCGCUUGGUGGCACCCAGCAUUGAGUGCAUGAGGGAUCUGAGAAUCCUGCAUGUGGACUAUGGCUGCUCCCGUGUAGUCGAUUUCCUGCGCCAUCUCAAACCUGGAGCGCUCCCUCACCUAUCCGCAUUCCACCUCAAAUCGGCGGACGUGGAGCUUGAUCCGUCUCUCGACAUGACAGAGUUCAGUCCCGUGUUCGCUCCUGCGCUCGAGCAGGUCGAAGUCGGCUUCUAUGUGCUGAACCCAUCCAGCCUCCGCAAAUACCGGGUCAACUUGUCCUGCAAUACGAGCCUGCGCAGUCUCCAUCUUAGUCAGAUACAUCUGCAAGGUCCCGGGUCUUCUAUCACUGACCGCGACUACGUCGACUGGAUCACAGCGAUUCUCUCUUCCGUCCACUCAGUGUUUAUCCAAAACAUUAGAUUCGGUAUCUGGAUGAACGCUGCGGAGGAUCUCGACAGCCUGAACUGGACUGAGAUCGGCCGGACUUUGAGAUCAGCUGCCUUCGGUACCCUUCAGCUCGUACAGAUCGAGCUGUUCGGGCUGUGGUGCACGGAUGAGGAGAAGGAACACACAGAGAAGCGGGUGUCGGAAGGUUUGGGCACAGGGAUGGUAUACAAUUUGACUUUCGUUUGGCAUUGAUUCGGCCAUCGCAUGGCCGGUCAUACUUAGAACUCUUGUUAUAAUAUAGCAGUAGGCACCACUAAUACUGAGACUUGGAAACUUCCCAGCCCGUUUCAGACGGAGACGGAUACUAGCCAUUUAUUCAUGACU